AUGCAGUUAUCAGAGCUGGCCCCAUUGAAGUCUUUUCUACUCCUCAAUCAUGUCAAUGUAUCAAACAACUUCAUAUCAGAUGUUGAGUGCCUCGUAGCAGGUUUAGAAGGAUGUACCCAACUCAAGCAUAUUGAUGUACAAGGCAAUGCACUCACAGAGGAACCUCACUAUAGGGAUGCUAUCUUAAAGGUUCUACCUGGUUUACAGCAACUUGACUCUGAACUUUUGACCUUGGGGGUCAAAGGUCAUGACCCCACUAUGACCCCUAGCAGCUUUGAGGUCAUGUGCAGGUCACAGGUAGAUGCACAGGAUGCUCUGAGGAAGAAACAAGAUGAAGAGUUGAGCACUCUGACUGAUCAAGAGGAUUUAAAGUUUGGAGUGGUGAGAGCAGAGAUGCUUUCAAGGCACUUAGAAGAGACCUUUCAGCAAGCUGUAGAGCAUCGCUAUGCCCAUGAAUAUGGGGAGACUACUCCAGCUACCUGCAUCUAUCCUGAUGGUGCGCCCCAACAAUUGUCAACUCACAAGGACAUCUCUUCAAGUAAAGGGGUAUCUUCCGAUACAGGUGCAUCACCAGCCAAGGAGUCUACAAGAACUGUACCUUCAGAUGCCACAGAUCUGAAGGCUGGUACUCCAGGUUUGAUGUCAACGUUGAGUGUUGGCAUAUCACCAGUCAAGGCUGGGAACAGAGUCACACUAUCUACAGCGAUUGCUGUGAACCAGAGUCAACACUCAAGGCAGGUUACAGGUAUGGAUGGAAGCAUUAGGACAUUAGCCACAGAGGCAGGAAGAGAUGAUAGAAAAUUCAAGGAGACAAUCUUCCAGGGUACAAGUUCAAAGCAAGAGCAUUAUGGGAUUGGUAGCCUUGAAGGUCAAAGGUCAAGUGAUACUUCCUCCAGGGUGGAUGCAAAGACAGUAUCAACAGCUCUGCAUAAGGAGUUGGAAACUGAUAGGAUAAGUCUAUCAGAUCAUGCUGCCACUUUGAUCCAGGCCCGGUGGAGGGGUUACUCUGUCCGACGGAGCAUCGAUAUCGGCACUAAGCAAUGGCUGGCUGCUCUUAGGAUACAGGCUUACUGGCGAGGUCAUAAGGUCAGACGAUGGAUGGGAGAGGUCAAGAGGUCGUUGAAGAGUGAUACUGGAAUGAAUGUCGAUGAGGAUGAAGCGGAAUUUGCAGAGAUUGAUUUAGGUUCUUUUGAUUUUGAUGAGGACAUGUUGGAUAAAGGAUUGACUACGCCUUCUGAUACCCCAACCCUCCUACCCAAAUACCCACCCCUCCCUCCAACCUCAAACACAUCCCAUGCAAGACCCAACCCACGCCCCACCCAGCCCGCCUCUCCUUCCCCUCACAAGCCCUACCCUCCAUCCACCACAAAACCCUCCUCACCAGAAAAACCCCAGACACGACCCUACCGGCAGGCCUGGAGAGGUGCAGACUCACCCCUCAACCCCCUAGAAAGUUCACCCCAGGGGGGUCACUUACCAAGGGGUAGUGGUGGUUUCUCACCUCCUGAGGGGAUUGGAGGGGGGCUAGUGAUGAAGAAACCACCCCUACCACCGACCACACCCUCUAGUAUGAGCGGUACAGAGGUACUUAGUAUGGGUACCCCCAGGACACAACGGACCGCAAGACAGGAGCAGCUUACUGAAGAAUGGGGGUUCAAGGAUAGUGUUACUGCAGACCUUAUGAUGAAACGAGCCAAGAAAUUAGCCAAAGGCAAGAAGAAGAAACUUGACCCUAUUCAGCGAUAUCAGCAAAUCAGAAAGACCCAGGAUGCUAGCUCAGCUAGACCUCCUCAGAUGACUAGCAAGAAAGGGGUUCAGAGGAAAGACUACUUUCAAGCUCGAGAAGAAGAAGCAGAGAGGCGAGAGAGAAGCAAAGUUGAGGAACACAGCAACAAAAAACACAGAACAUUUGACUGGGUCCAUGCCCAAGUGAACAAUGACCUACCAAUAUCUGAGUCUCGUAUUAACCCAUAUGGGAUACGCAGCAGACAGUCUAGUAGUGAACCAAACCUACCUGCAAUAAGCCCUGAUGUCAUACAAGGGUCAAGGGUCAAUCUAGUGAUGAGUCCUAAUGCUAUGGAGGUUCAGUCUGUUGAUAGUGUAAGCCUUGGUGAUUUUACUUCAAGAGAAAGGAGCCGAUCAUUCUCUUCACCAAAUGGUGAAAGGGUGCAGUUCCCGCCCAUCAAGACAAGCUCUGCCCCCAGUAGUCACACCAAGCAACGGAUGGCAGCACAAGCGGGUGACAGGAGGGGUGGGGGAGAGGUAGCAUGGGGUAGCGCUGGAAGUAAUAAGACAGGAAGGGGAAAGAUAACUAGGUGACAACGUCAAUGAAUUUACAUUCAUUGAAUUACUUUAGAUUUUUCAAGUUUGAGAUUGCUCUGCCGUGAUGUGAAAAGUUUUGUAAUAACAAUAAAAAUAUGCAGGUAGGGUAUAUGUGUUGCGCAAAUGUCUACCUUGUUAGGUGCUCAAGGCACUCCUAUAUUAGCCCAGUGAAGCUUGGCUUCCCUUUCCUGUGCUCACAGCUUUUUGAGGAAUUACUUCUUGCCGGUACCCAUUUACCUCACCUGGGUUAAGUGCAGCACAUUGUGGAUCCAAAUUUUCUUGCUGAAGAAAAUUAUGCCAUGGGUGGGAUUGGAACCCACGACCCUCUGUUUCAAAGUCCAGAGACUAAUCCACUGGGCCACAAUGCUCCACAUUAUUGGUUAUUUUGUGUUAAGAUGAUGUCAAAUAUGCUAUCUAUUUUCAACUGAGUGAGCAAUUCUUUACUUUUGACUCAAUUGAAUACUGCCCUCUGUUGAGCAAAAACUGUACAUUGCAAUUUUCUAUGAAGUACUGAAACAUGAUUGAAGUUUGAAAAUGGUUUGUUUGAUUUGUUGCGUCGAGGUAGAGAAAGGACAAACAAGAGAUGAGGCAGUAAAAUACAGAGAGAGAAAGACAGGGGUAGAAAGAGAGAGAGAGAGAUGGUGGGGGGGGGGGGUCCAAAUGAUUUGUAUGCUGUAACCUUAAUUAUUGAUGACAUUACAAACAUUUUAAUGCAUUCAUAGGGAUAUAGGACAGAGAAAGAAAAUGGAAAGAAAUAGAGAAA